CGAACCACUCCCGGCUAAAGUGGCGAAAAAAACAUUUUUGCCGCUGAUUUUUGUAAUGAAGAUUUAUAUGCAGUCCAUCAAUUGGAAGCAAAAUACAAAGUGCGGGGAUUUCUAAUUCGUUUUGUUUGACUUUUUACCAGUGAUGACCAAAUCAUUUUCUUUAAUUUUCAAAUAACUUUAUUACAUCGUAUAUUACAUUAAAUAACUUUUCACCCGGCAGCACUGGCCAACUUUUUACCCGGCAACACUGUAAGAUUAAGAGUGUCGAGAAGCAUUUUAGUUUCUAAUUGCUCCAGCGACGCGACCCCGCUAUAUUUCCCUCCCAACCUGUCUACGAUUUGAUUUGUCAAAUUUAUUUUCCACUUAAUUUAAUUUUCGUCGCUCACUUAUUUAUCCGACCCCCAGCUUCGCGCAAAAGUAGCGAAAUUACGUCACUCGCCUUCUAACAAAUUAAAUUUUAAACUUGUUCAGGUUGUUACUUAGGGUUUGUGACGUCAUAACAGGAUACCAUGGUUCGUUCACCUGACGUCACAACAAGUCGAUCCAAGAAACAAAAGAAGAAAACCCACGAUGACGUCACAAGGAACAAAUAUUCCAGAAGGUCGCGAUCGAGAAGCGUAGAUUCUGACGUCACAGAGAGUCGUUCAAGGUCACGUGAUAGUCGUCACGGUUCAAUGAAGUCGUCGCGUCGGUCACGAAGCAGAUCGCCGAGACGACGACGAUCGCGAAGUCAGGAGAGAACGAAAGAAAAAAGGAAGAAACCUCGUAAACACGUCAACGCAGUAAUGGGGUUGGCCACCGGCACAAUGAAGGAUGUUCUGGAUAUCGUGCCCGGAUUCUCGCAAAUGAAUCCAGCGGAACGAAGCAAGAUUCGUGUAAAGCGAGCGUUGGAUGCAGCAGUUGAAUCGUCGAACAUGGAAGUAGAAGAAACUGAUGAUAUCAUCGAUGACAUCAUCAACACACAGGAACAAGUCAAACGAGCCAAAACCAUCGAAGCGAUCGAUGACACGGAGGAAUUUAUGCCGACUCAUUUCAAAUCUUCCAAAACAAAGAAAUCGAACAACACGUUCACCGAGCGUGAAAGCAACCAUGAGUCAGCGAUAUUUGGUCAUAUGACGAUGCUCACGUUCGAUCAAGCGUUAAAAGUGAAAAAGGAAAAUGAUGACGCGGCAAUGUUUAAAGCCAAACAAAAAGUUAAUUUUUACGAAAGAGACCCCAAAACUUUGAUGGGACCCAAGUUAAUGUUGAGCACCGAAGAAGCGAACACACGAUGGCGUCAAAAACUUUCGACAAUUCGCGAAAAUCUUUUGAAACAACGACACGAGUUGCCAUGACUACAAUUGUUUAUGACAUCAUAGCUACCAUUGUUUAUUAUUUUUAUACUGUAGGCGUAAUGUUGGGGGUGGUUCGGUGACAUGCCACCCCAAUUUUUAAAACAAGGGUGACAUCUUAUGUUUUAGCGCCCCGAAUGUUAUUGCUGUGAAUACAAGAAAAGUGAAGCAUAA